AUGUUCGGCCAUAAAAAAGACAGUCCCAGCUCCGCCUCUCCAUCACAGGUCGCGAAGCCAGGCACAUCUCGACAGAGACCAGACGACGUCGUCUCGCCUCCACAAACCUUCUCAACCCCUGGACAACCUCCCAAAUCUGCUCAGCCCGCCUCGAAAGCCGUCGUCCUAACCCGGAACACAGAUGGCAGCCUGUCCACGCAAGCUCGUCCCAUCUCACCGCCAUCUUCAAAGAGACUAGCCACAUCACGACCACCUGUUGCGCAACGCUCCUCGCUGAAUCGAAACCCCAACAGCACGCCUGCCAAGAGUCGCUCCGCUUCUGCCACCAACACACCAUCAGUGACAAGCUCUUCCACCAAAAAGGUCACCGGGUCCGCUGGCACCUCAUCAUCAAAAGGCGGCGCAACCCACGCAGCCAAUGCUUCCUCCACCUCCACAUCCGCCGAAGCAUCCCCGUCCGCCAAGCCUAGGAAGCCAGAGACACUCAACCCGCGCCUUCUCAAGAAGUCCCCUGCUACCUACCAAACUAGAGUUCAACUCUUGAAGAUGCUUCAUCAAGAGUACACUCGACUAAACAAAGAACUCAAGAAAGUCGCAAAAGGAGACGACAGCCAACUCGUCCUCUCUGACCAGCACCUUAUCUGGAAAGCACUGGACGAAGAAGAGAAGUGCGCAACGGAGAAGCCAACUAUCUACAGCAACGUGGUCAAAAACCGGAUUAUGCAGUACAAACGAAUGGCCGUCAGGGAGUGGACGGAAGAGCGUCGAAAUGAGCACCAAAGCCGCAACCCAAAAUCACGACCAGACGCAAAGUCAUCAGGUACCCCCAAGGUCCUCAUCACGGGACUGAAGCCUGCCCAAGAAGUCCAGAUACUCCGCCGUCUUGUGACCUCUAUCAAAGGUCUUGACGCUCACGGUUAUGUCCCUACCCCUCCUGUAGAGGCAGAGAUCGCAAAGGCACGCCAAGGGCUUGAAGCUGCUCAAGGAUGGGAAAAGUGUGACCGGUGCGACAAACGAUUUCAAGUCUUCCCUGGGCGCCGAGACGCAGACGGUGCUCUUACCUCUGGCGGCGUAUGCAAACAUCACUAUGGAAAGACGUACUUCCCCGAACGUCAGCCCGGCGAUCGCUCCAAGCAACAAAAAAGAUAUCGUUGCUGUGGAACACAAGUGGGAGAUUCCGUUGGCUGCACCGAGACCCCGCAUCACGUCUUCAAGGUAACUGAUCCGAAACGACUGGCUGCGGUCAUGGACUUUGCCGAAACGCCAGAGAAUCCGUCGGUGCCGUCGGAUAGAGCCGUCUGCUUUGAUUGCGAAAUGUGCUACACGGUCAACGGGCUGGAGCUCGUCCGUCUAACGGCUACUGCCUGGCCCAGCGGCGACAUCAUGUUGGAUGUCCUCGUGCAACCUCUGGGCGAAAUCCUCGACCUCAACUCCCGAUUCUCGGGUGUUUGGCCCGAGGACAUGUCACGAGCUCAGCCUUGGACCAGCAUGGAGAUACCCCCCGUCGCCAUGAACACCAACACCAAAAAUUCGGACGGUUCUCAGAAGGCUGCGCUGAGAAUCGUUCCAUCACCAAACGCCGCACGCGACCUUCUCUUCUCUCUACUCGCCCCUAAUACACCCCUCAUCGGGCAUGGCUUGGAAAACGAUCUAAACUCUGUCCGCAUCAUCCACCCGACACUCGUCGACACGGUCCUACUGAACCCGCACAAGCACGGCCUACCUUAUCGACAUGGCCUCAAAAUGCUCAUGGAAACGCUGCUGAACCGCAAAAUCCAGAUGGAGACAGGAGGCAAGAUCCAGGGACACGACUCGGCGGAGGAUGCUCGAGCUGCCGGAGAACUGGCUCUGCUUAAGGUCAUGGAAGAGUGGCAGAACAUGCGAUUCAAAGGUUGGACUUUGGAGAAGAUUACAGGUGACAUGGUUCCACCGAAGGACGCUUCGAACAGUGGCGCCAACGGUGGAAUUGACGACACCAAGUUGACUGUGGAGUUCCUAGAGACUGCACAUUGA